AUGCCAGCCAACCUCACAGAGGGCAGCCCUGACUCCAGUGACUCCAGCGGGACCACGCAGACCCUAGAUGCUUCCCCAGUUUUCUGCACCGAAACGGUAACUUUCACAGAAGUGGUGGAAGCCGAGGAGUGGGGCUCAUUCUACUACUCCUUUAAGACUGAGCAGCUGAUAACUCUAUGGGUCCUGUUUGUUUUCACCAUUGUCGGAAACUCCAUGGUGCUCUUCUCUACGUGGAGGAGGAAGAGGAAGUCAAGAAUGACUUUCUUUGUGACUCAGCUGGCUAUCACAGACUCCUUCACAGGUCUGAUAAACAUCUUGACAGACAUCAUUUGGCGAUUCACCAGAGACUUUCUGGCACCUGAUCUCGUCUGCCGAGUGGUCCGUUAUUUGCAGGUUAUGCUGCUCUAUGCUUCUACCUAUGUGCUGGUGUCCCUCAGCCUAGACAGAUACCAUGCCAUCGUCUACCCCAUGAAGUUCCUGCAAGAGGUAACAGAAAAGCAAGCCAAGAUCCUCAUCGUGAUUGCCUGGAGCCUUUCUUUCCUUUUCUCCAUUCCCACCCUGAUCAUAUUUGGGAAAAGGAAACUCUCUAGUGGCAAAGUGCAGUGCUGGACGCUAUGGCCGGAUGACUCCUACUGGACCCCGUACAUGACCAUCGUGGCCUUCCUGGUGUACUUCAUCCCCCUGGCAAUUAUCAGUGUCAUCUAUGCCAUUGUGAUCCGAACCAUUUGGAUGAAAAGCAAAGUCCAUGAGACAGUGAUCUCCAACUACGCAGAUGGAAAGCUGUGCACCAGUUACCACGGAGGGCUCAUCUCAAAGGCAAAAAUCAAAGCCAUCAAGUAUAGCAUUGUCAUCAUUCUGGCCUUCAUCUGCUGUUGGAGUCCAUACUUCUUCUUCGACAUACUGGACAAUUUCAGUCUUCUUCCGGACACCGAGGAACUCUUCUAUGCCUCUGUGAUCAUUCAGAACCUCCCAGCCUUGAACAGUGCCAUCAACCCACUCAUCUACUGUGUCUUCAGCAGCUCUAUCUGCUGA